AAAAUGGUGGGAUAUAUGUGUUAAAAAGUUAAUGAUCUAAAAAUUAAAAUUUUCCACCAUUUAUAUAAAAACACAUGAUGUACCACCCGUGUUCUGGUCACAAAUGAAAAAUUUAUCGUAAAAGAAUAUUUUGAGAUAAAGUUCAUGCAACAGAUUGGACCCAAGUGAAAAUCUGAAAAGAUAAAUUUAAAGUUUUCCUAAGUUUUAAGAAACUUUAGGAUUUUAGAUAACUUUCUCUCUUUCCUUCUUCCACAAGGAAUUGUUCUAAUUAUUUAUUUUUUUGGUCGAGUUCUUUAUUAAUUAGUUUUCCGAUUCCUACUGGUAUUCCAAUUCGUAGACGAUUUUACAUUUGCUUCCUAUAUAAAGGGUUUUAGGGUUAAUAUAGGGUUGUUUUAUCUUUUGCAGCUGCACCAAAACUAUGGCGGCUAUGGCGAUCUCUAUGAGUCAGAGGAGGCUGGCGACCGAAGAUGGCUGUAAAAACAGCGGGCCGAAUUCACGUCGUCACUAUUUGGGACACGAUGAUGAAACUCAUGGAGUUUACAUGCCCCCAUUCAAGUUGUCCCGUAUGAUGAAACAAGUCGAUGAUAAGAGAAGCGUUGAGUAUCAGCGGUUGACGUGGGACGCCCUCAGAAAGAGUAUCAACGGCCUUGCCAACAAGUUGAAUGUCACCAACAUCAAGUAUAUAAUCCCGGAAAUUUUCACCGAGAAUCUGAUUCGCGGACGUGGUCUAUUCUGCCAAUCCUGCAUGAAAUCACAGACGGCGUCGCCCUGGUUCACUAAUGUGCUUGCAGCAUUGGUAGCUGUUGUCAACACAAAGUUUCCUGAGGUUGGUCAGCUUUUAUUGGGAAGACUCGUCUUACAAUUUCAGAGGGCUUUUGAUCUAAAAGACAAGCCUCAGCUACAAUUUCAGUGAGCUUUUCAUCGAAAAGACAAGCUUCGGCUACUAGCCGCUGCGAAGUUCAUAGCGCAUCUGGUGAAUCAGCAGGUGGCUCACGAGAUUAUAGCUUUGGAAUUGCUCACUUUUCUGUUGGACAAUCUUACAGACUUCAAGGUUGAAGUUGCCGUUGUCUUUGUGACUGAAUGUGGAUCAAUGCUUCGGGACCUUUCGCCUAAAGGCCUCUAUUUUAUCUUUGAGCGCUUUCGUGGAAUUCUUUACCAGGCAAACAUAGAGAGAAGAAUUCUGUAUUUGAUCGAAAACUUGUUCGCUAAGCAACGGGCCAAGUUUCAGGGUCACCCGGCUUUUCUUCCCGAGCUGGACUUAGUAGAGCAAGAAGAUCAGUUGACGCAUGAGAUUUCUCUUCGAGAUGAGAUUGAUCCACAGACUAGCCUUGAUCUCUUUCAGCCCGAUCCUGAUUACCUCGAGAGCGAAAAGCGGUACAAAGAACUCAAGAAAACCAUUCUAGGUGACGAGUCUGAAGAUGAAGAAGCCAGUACGUAUGAUGCAGUUGAUGCAGUUUCGGAUAGUGAGGAUGAUGAAGAGGAAGAGGAAGAGGAUGAGCAGCAGCAGAUGGAAAUAAGUGACCAGACACAGACUAAUCUCGUAAAUCUUCGAAGAACAAUCUAUCUUACAAGCAUGUCCGGUUUAUGUUUCGAGGAGGUGGGACAUAAGCUGAUGGAGAUUAAGCUUGAGCCUGGCCAAGAGAUGGAAGUAUGCAUCAUGCUUCUGGAAUGCUGCAGUCAGGAGAGAACCUACAGCCGCUAUUAUGGUCUCUUGGGGCAGAGGUUCUAUUUGAUCAACAAAGUCUACCAACAAAACUUCGAGAAGUGCUUUGUGCAGCAGUAUUCCAUGAUCCACUGUCUUGAAACAAAUAGUCUACGUAAUGUUGCGAAGUUUUUUGCGCAUUUACUCAGCUCAGACGCCCUCCCCUGGCAUGUGCUGACCUAUAUACGCCUGACGGAAGAGGACACCACUUCAUCUUCUCGGAUUUUCCUCAAGUUCCUUAUCCAGGAAUUGUCACAGCAUCUUGGCAUUCGAUUGCUGAAUGAGCGACUCAAUGAUCCUGCAAUGCAGAUGCAGGGCUGUUAUGAUUCUAUUUUCCCAAAGGAUAAUCCCAAGAACACCCGCUUUGCCAUUAACUUUUUCACAUCCAUUGGGCUGGGCGGCGUCACUGAGAACCUGCGCGAGUACUUGAAGCAGAUGCCCCGGCUCAUAUUGCAAGAACAAAAUCAAGCGUCAGAUGAAGAUGAACAUGAGAGUGCUAGUUCUGAGUCUGAUGAAAGUGAAAGUGAUAGGAACAAACGACACAACAAGCACAAGCCUAUGCGACAGAGUGAAAGGCACGAAAGACACGAGCAGCACAAGCGUAGCAGCGGAAGUGAAAGGCUCAAAAAACACAAACGAUGAAACGAACCGUUGUUCGAAAAAGAAGAAAAUAGAAUUGAGUUUUCUUGUUGUCCAAGUUAAGUGUUUCCUUAACCCUAAACCGUUAUUUCAGUUUAUUUUUACACUAGAGAUUUCAGUUCAAUUUUCCACAGGUAUAUAACCUGUUACGAAACUAAUAUUCAUCUAUUACAAGGGGGAAAUUGUUAUUGGUACUCUAAAAUUCUCAUUUUGUACUCCAAACUUUCUAUAAUUAAAAAGAAAAAUAUAUUUGUGAGAAUUGCAAGAAGUGUCAACAUCAAUGACUACAAUAGAUUAACGGUGAGUACAACUUGAUAGACACAAUCAGUGUAUUGCCGGUUGUCACUAAGAGAAACGGCAACUACUAGCACGCGGCGGUCAACUUCGAUGAUAUUAACUUCGAAGUUGGUAAUUACGCCUGCUUCACGGGCGUCAAACAAGAACUAGAAAACGACCAGGAAGGGCGGAAGUUUUGUCGAUGCGCUUCACUAGUUCCAUUGAUAUGUAAUUUCCAGGACAUUGAUGCGACCGAACAAGUUUCUUGAGUGCCUGUUGUCUACCUGCCCAGUUCUGGAACUCAGACUGGGGAGUGCUUUGACAGUGUCACACUUUAAAACACCGACUUCAAGGUCUCAGACGGUUCUUUGCAAAACCAGCUUGGAUCAGAUUCACAGGAUGUUAAAUUUGAAUGACCAAAAAACACACUUUCCUCUCAACAGAAAAAAAGAUUCCUACACCCUGGGAAUAAACUGAAUAUAAUUGCAAAUAUAUACUGGACUGGACGCAACAAUUAAACCAUCGAUAUGGUGGUCCGAAACAAUUUUAAAGCAAAAGUUAUAUCCAUCGGUUGAAGAUAUAAUGUAAGUCUACAACAUGCUGAACAGGAACACAAAACCAAACUCCGAUAUUCAAAAAUUCAAAUACAAGGCGUCACUC